GACCCUUCCGUUCCACGGAUAUUCAUAUUCUCCCGUUUUGCUGCUGUGUCUACUGAUAAUCGGGAAGAAGCGGGGGGCCGAACUGCAAAACGGAGCUCGCGCACUUGCUCGCUCCCUUCGUCACGAGCUAUGGCGGCGGUCGCGACGAUCCUCGAGCUGGACCCUUCGCAGGAGCGCGCCGGCCGCGUCAUCGAUGAAAUCGUGCGGCUGGAGAAGAGGAUCUUCCCGAAGCACGAGUCGCUGGCGCGCUCCUUCCACGACGAGCUCAAGCGCCGGAACACGGGCCUGAUCUACUCGACGGCCGGCGCCGGCGACGACGAGGAGGUCACCGGGUACGCCAUGUACACCUGCGCCACCUCCCUCUGUGCCUCUAUCACCAAGCUCGCCGUGAAGGAGAGCUGCCGGAGACAGGGGCUCGGCGACGCGCUGCUGCAGGCCGCCGUCGAGAGGUGCCGGAGGAAGCGGGUCCAGCGGGUGUCCCUCCAUGUCGACCCGGCGAGGACGGCCGCGGUGGCGCUGUACCGGAAGGCCGGGUUCCAGGUCGACGCCACCGUCGAGGGCUACUACUCGCCGCAGAGGAAUGCCUACCGGAUGUACAUGGAUCUCUAGGAAUAAUCAGGGCCAGGAUCAGAGAGCAUCAAAAAGCUUGCUCACUCUGCCAAUUUUGCUGUUGUUGUGCUCAAAAUGAUAUUUUCUGAAUCUAAUUCAGGAUUGAGCUGUUCAAUAGUAUGAAAUUAUAACAUCUCAGUACAAUAUGGGUGUAUUUGAUAAUUCUGUUGUUUCUGACUU